AUGAUCUGGUAUGGCCUUCUCCUGCUGUGCGUGCAGAAUGUCGUUGCCUGGCACUCCGACGAUGAUUUGAUGUCUUUUGUCACUCUGCCAGACGUCAGGGCUGUCAAGUUCGACAUUUCAUACCAGGAUCGCGCUCGGGUGAGCCCAGGGUACUGGUUUGUUUCGCCCUAUCUGCACAUUGCCCCGGAUAAGCCCACCAGUCUGUACGAACAGUUCCAGAUUGGCCCACAUAUCUAUGAUCAAGAUGGGCACCUCGUCUGGUCCGGAUCGUCCAUGUUCGACAAUCGCAAUGUGUUCGACUUCAAAGUCAUCAACAGCAUCGGCGAUGAACCACAUAUAUCGUUGAUUCUGCAGUACAACCACGAUGGGACCGAGCGCGGCUUUGGAAUGAUUUUGGAUAAAAACUACGAAGUCUUUCGCAAAGUGCCGCUGCGGGAGGAUCUUGGCUACUUCGACAUCCAUGAAUUCAAUGUGCUCGACGAUGGACAGACGGCGCUCGUCACAGCCUAUCUGCCGCAUGAGGUUGAUCUCGCUGAACUUGAUCGCCCGGAGGAAAAGACAUUUGUACAGUUUGGUGGGUUCGCGGAGAUCAACCUCAACACCGCCGAGGUGGUCCAUGAAUGGAGCUCGGCUGCUACGAUUCCCCUGCGCGAGAGCGUUCACUACCACGCCGAUUCCCGUGUGGAAUCUGAUCCCGGUUGGGAUUAUGUGCAUAUUAAUGCGGUUGACAAGAACGAGAAUGGUGACUAUCUGAUCUCUAUGCGAUUCACCAACACACUCUAUCUCAUCUCUGCCAUCGACGGUCACAUCAUUUGGCGCCUCAAUGGACGUGGUGGCGGGGAUUUUGUCCAAGACUUUACCUUUUCCAAACAACACGAUGCCAAGUUCCUAGAAUCGUCCGGCACUCGUCACGUCAUCUCAUUCCUCAAUAACGCCUCCGACGAAGAGUUUGCGGAGGAGGAGAUCUCCUCAGCGCUCAUCAUUGAGGUGGACUCCGGAACGACACCAAUGACUGCCAAGGUGCUCCGCCGCUACAACCGGCCGGAUGGAGAUCUGACCCGUCUGCGCGGCAAUUCGCAGGUUCUCCCGAACCAGAACAUGUUUGUGUGCUGGAGCCAGGGAGGCUAUAUCUCGGAAUUCUCGGCAGAAGGCGAUGUUCUCAUGAGUGCACAAUUCACGUCGUCACGCUACUCCAACUAUCGCGCCUACAAAUUCGAGUUCACGGGACGUCCUAACUAUCCCCCCGACGUUGUGUCUUCUGUGUAUGGCACCGACGAAACCAAUCUUGUCACCACCUUCUGGGUUAGCUGGAAUGGCGCCACCGACAUUGCCUGCUGGAAGUUCUAUGCUCAGGCCUCGCAAUUUGACGUACCGGUCUUCAUCGGCAAUGUCUCGAAACUGGAUUUCGAGACUAUGUAUAUUGCCAAGGGAUAUCUCGAUUGGGUGACCGCCGAGGCUGUCGACCGGGAUGGCAACGUCCUCGGGAAGUCCACGGUCCAUCGUACUCAAUUCCCGAACUGGGAGAGCUCCGGCUGGUCUGGAUAUUCUGGUCUUCCCCGCCCUCAGAAUCCGAAGAGUAUCUACAAGGCCGAUGGGACCCUUCUCCAGGAUUCGGUCAUCGGUAACGCCGACCUGGAUGCCUCGCUAAGUGACACGACCGAGGCCCAAGUUCGCAAGGCGACUCAGACUUUAAUAAACACCUAUGAGGCCAUUCGCAGCAUCGGAGGCAUCUUUGCUCUCGUUCUGCUCCUGGCCGUAAUGAGUGGUAUCAUGGCGAGUUAUCUGUUGAUUCGUGGCUGGCGGGUCCGGCUAUAUCAGCGUAUCCCCAUGGAGGACGGAAUUCCCGAGGAAGAGGCUCGCCUCCAUCCGAGCAUGGAAGAUUGA